AUGCCUGAGCCUCAGAUUGAUACACUUUCACCAGAGUGGAAGGAGGACGACGAUGCUACUAGUGACUGUCCCCCAGGCUGUACUCUUGUUGACAUGCCGCUUUGUCCAUGUGACUGUAUAAUCAUCGAGGAGCCUAGGGAAAAGACCCAAUCUGGGGCCCCCUCUGGAGCAAAUAUAGCGACAGCGACGAUCACUGACCCGUUCCCUGUACCGGUGGAGACCACUUCACUAGUAAUUUCACCACGGCUAUCCACCUUCGACUAUUCCAAAGGGUACAGAGCGGCUCGUGAUGCCACUUAUGUUAUCUUGUUUUCGUUAAAGGUUGUCCUCUUGAGUCUGGCGGCUCGGUCAUACACGCGACGGGGCAAGGAGGUCUCCUGGGAGAACGCGAAUAUGUCACUUCCUGUGUCGGACUUGCCUAAUAAUUCGCCAUCAGAACUAGAGGCUAAUGAAAAGACCUGGCAUGCUUGA